AUGGCAUCCCUAGGAGAAUAUACUUCUGAAGAAGUCGGGAAACACAAGACGAAGAACGACUUGUGGAUUGUCAUACAUGGAAAGGUCUAUAAUGUCACCGAGUAUGUUCGCGACCAUCCCGGCGGAGCAGAUGUUCUUUGCGAUGUCGCCGGAACAGAUGCAACGGAAGCAUACGAAGAUGUCGGUCACUCUGAAGAUGCCGAUGAAAUCCUGAAGACAUACUUGAUAGGCACUGUGAAGGGAGUUCGCGAGUUCAAUCGUCCCAAGGCUGUUCGGGUAAUCCAGCAAGAACCACUGCAACCAAUCUCAACCAAACCCUCGAACACACCUUUUGGCAGCAUCGCAAUCGCCACAGGCUCGAUCGGAGGCAUGGUGGCGCUCGUUCUUCUAUAUACGCAAGGGCAUUUACAUGUCCCCUUGGACAGAUUGUUUUCUAAGCUGUCGCAGCUUGUGCCAAAUUGGGCACAAAAGCUCCCUGUUCCAAGAUUGAGUCUUGCGCGAGGCGGAUUUUUGAAUGGAAUUCUCACCAGUACCGCUGUCUUCGCGACAGUGGGGAGUAUCGUUGGCAUCAAAGUGUCCAAAUUCACUCAAAUUCAAUCGGGCUUCACUCGAUACCCCCCGCACGUCAAGGCCAGGAGAACGCCAGAGAUCAACCGACACGAGUUGAAGGGAUUUCUCGAGCCCAAGAACUUCAAAGAGCUGCCACUGAUUGCCAAGUUACAACUUUCGCCUAGCGUUUACCGCUUUACUUUCCAGCUUCCGAGCCCGCGCGAUAAAAUUGGCCUUCCAAUCGGACAACACGUCGCCAUCAAGGCUACCGUCAAUGGAGAGUCAGUUUCCCGAUCCUAUACCCCGACAUCGAACAACCUAGAUCUUGGUGUCCUAGAAUUGGUGAUCAAGUGCUAUCCAGAUGGCCUUUUUACUGGUCAAUACCUUGCAAAUCUGGUCGUGGGCGACAAAGUUCUCUUCCGGGGACCGAAGGGCAUGAUGAGAUAUCGACGCGGUCUCUGUCGACGCGUUGGCAUGAUUGCCGGUGGAACUGGCAUCACUCCAAUGUACCAGCUCAUUCGUGCUAUCUGCGAAGACGAGCGUGAUACCACAGAGAUAAGCCUUAUCUACGCGAAUCGUUCCGAAGAGGAUAUUCUCCUACGGGAGGAGCUAGAAGCAUUCGCACGCAAGUACAUGAACUUGAAGAUUUGGUACAUGCUGGACCAGCCCCCUCAGGAUUGGACGUACGGAGAGGGCUACGUGACCUCUCAGGUCAUGAGUGAAAGACUGCCUAGUCCAGCCAUGGAUACCAAAAUCAUGCUCUGUGGGCCGCCCGGAAUGAUCAACGCGUCCAAGAAGGCUUUGGUGAACCUCGGGUUCGAAGCCCCUGGUGCGGUGACAAAGAUGACAGAUCAAAUCUUUUGUUUUUAG